AUGAAUCCAAACUCUGAACUUUUCAAAGUAGUCUUUCUGGGCGACAGUGGGUAUCUCUACCAGUCACUCAUUCUGGGCAGAGUUGGCAAGACGUCCUUCAUAAUGUGUUCCGAGUCGAGACCAUCUUCUGAGUACGAGCCCACCAUUGGGUCAGACUUUCAUGUCAAGCACUAUAAAGUGGACAAUUCGCAUGUCCGACUGCAGAUUUGGGACACUGCCGGGCAAGAGCGCUUCCACUCGAUAGAAAGCUCGUACUACCACCGGGUCGACUGCUGCGUACUAAUGUUUGACGUCACCAAAAAUCAAACUCUCGACUCUCUCUACAACUGGAAGGAAAAGUUCGCCAUCAUGGCAAAUAUUGAGAAUCUUGAACAUUUUCCAUUCUUUGUGGUUGCAAACAAAAUUGACUUGGACGAGUCAGGGGAUGGGAAACACACAAUGGCUGUUAAUGACUUGUGCAGCAGUGGUAAUUUCUCUUACUUCGAGUCUUCUGCUAAGAAACGGUGGAACGUGGAGAAUAUAUUUCAAAGCAUUGCAACUACGAUGACACAAACUCGAGGCGAGAGGUGCGAUCAAGUCUUGCUUAGUAGUGCACCAGUCAAACAUGGCCGACGCUCCUGUUGUUGA